AAGAGCCGCUGGGUCAGUUCGGCAUUAACAUCUCGAGGUGUUUCAUCUCCACAAGACAAUAAAAAAAAAAAAAUUCCCUCGUCUCUACACCGAGUGCAGCAAUUUUUUUUAUUACAUUUUUGUUGCGUUUGGAAUUAGUGACCAUUAGUGCCUGUGUGCCAAAUGCUACCUCGGCCUGGUCAUUGACCUUUAAAGUGUGAAUUCUCCCCAGGGGAUGAGAGGGACUGAGGAGCAUGAAAAUCACCGCGAUUUAAUGAAAGACCAGUCGAAAUAUCUGAAUGCACCAUUGAAAAUUCAGUCCGGAAAAUGGAAGAAAUUGGUGAAUCGAAUGGCAAUGGGAGAAGCAAUAAAUUAAACUCAGUAACGUGUACUCAGUCACACUAUUCUUGCUAUUCUCAUUUUGAGACUAUUUCUAGUAACGGCACGCGGUACAAUCCAACGCCAGUCUCGUACAGUGCACAGAACGCGUCAGUUUGCGUUGCUCUUGGUAAACUGUCUAACAUCCAAGUCUCCGACUAUUUCCGGUUGUCUGUCUCUCCCUGGAGUCACGCGGUUUGAAAUAAAAAAAAUAGUCCCGAAAUUGUCAUGCAGUGGCGUCAGAAGAGAAAAAUCAAUCGUGUCAUUGGCUCAGGGCACUACAUACUCCUAAUAUCGAGGUACCAAUACGCACCAGCCGGCGAAGAGGACGACGAGGAUGGAAUAAGAGACGAUGAGCCACGUGAAAAUGGCAUUAAAAAUUCCCGAGACAGUACCGUAAGUCCCUGGCGACAUCAUAAAACCGAAACACGAAAACAGAAUGGCGUCAGUCCUGGUGAUUCGACUAGUGCAUCACCACCAAGAUCCCAGUCGAAAAUUUCAUUCGAUGAGACAACGUACACGAAAAUCAGCGCACCUCGUCAGGAUGUCCUUUUCAAAAAGGGUUAUCUCACGAGGAGGAAGAUGUGGUCGAGCAACAACGCCAGCACAAGUGCAACUCCAUCGACAACGGAGAGCCAGUCAGCAUCUCAUUCGACAGCAGACGGUAGCGAGACGACGGAAGACCAACAAUUGUUCGACUACCGUGACAGCGGACUUGAGGAGUAUCCCCCGAUGACUGAGACAACUCCACAAAUGAGCUACGGCACAUACUACCCACCAUCAAAUGGUUAUUACUAUGACUAUCCAGUCAUGGUUGUUGGGCCACCAAUGCCAGGAUUACCAAUGCAUAAUUUACUAGCAGCAAUGCCCUGCGAGGCCGUACCACUCAGACCAAUAGAAUGGGUCAAUCCUGCAUUUGUACCAAAAAUCGAGCAGCCUUACUGUCUAAUGGACUAUCAGGUCAACCCAGAAGAUGGCCAAUAUCCAAGUGUCGAGGAGAAUGAAACAGCUGUAACCGAUAAUCAAUGCACAGAUGGUGAUUUAUCCGUGAAAAAUGGCGAUGGGGGUUCGACCGGCAGUACAGCUGGUGAUGAUAACCUGGAGGCUAAUCUGAAUGGUCACGAGGAGACAUCGACCAAUGGAGAUGCGACGACAGAUCUUACGUAUACACCAAAGCCAUGUCUUGAGACAGUACUUGCACAACAACUUCAUGUGUCACAUCAUGUUGUACCACCACAAACGUACAUGUAUCCGGGCCACUACAUGUUUGGUCCAACACUCAUCAACGUCAAUGGUAUGACAAUUCAGAGCGGCCCAAUGAUAAGGACUGCACAGAUGCGUGCGGAACCGUUGAUGUAUGCCAAACGGAGAAAGAAAAAAAAACUGUAUGGAAGGAAGCCAAGACGUCCAAUUGGUCAGGACAACAACAGGGACUAUGGACCGGAGGAGGAGGAGGAGUACAGCUCUGAGGCCGACAACAUGAACAUACCCACCGUAUUUGUACCGAGUAGUCGUCCCUUGAACCCCGACUCCAAAGAAUUUCAGCUGCGUCCCUCGAUAAUCGCUGAAUCACCAUCAAUACCACCGCCAAAGGUACUUGACCACGAGCCGUCCUCCCCGCUGUCCAGUCACGACACACCAACGGAUCAACCGACUCAAGACUGCAACGACUCGCUAACUGAUUCAGCAACAAUCGCCGAAGUUGAGUACGCCACUGAGGCAAUAGCCAAUGAGUUGAAUCAAACGCACAUCGAGAACUCCCAGAGGACGGAGAUUGGUGUUGACGUGACCUGUGCUGACUUCAGCGAGCUCGUGGAGAACCUGGAAGUCCCACAGGACAUGCCGAACGGCCUGAGUUCCCUGCAGGUUUCCUUGGAGACGAUUGUGGCGAACGGGAGCGAGGAUGACGUUGACAGAUCUAAUCGUAUCGUCACUGAUGUCUCACCCUCCUCGGAGACGAGGGAUUCAAUGAACCUCAAAGUCCUCUCCUCAAAGUCCAAUUCCACCAGUCGUAAGAAGUACAAAACCCCGAAGAUCGUGCGCGAAGCGACACCAGGUCCAGAAUUGGAUGAACAGUCUGGAGGUGGUGAUAAAACUGAGGGUCUCAACAUCGAAGUUAUAAUGGGAAUCGAAGCAGUGGAGGCACAAGUGCCUGUAUUGAGUGUCUCAACGUUGAGCAGUCGUGAUAAUCCAAUCAACGAUGGUACACCCGAAGACUCAGGCUUCGAGAGUCAAACCCAUUUCACUGAGCAUCGAAUAACUGAGGCAGUUACCCAGUGGUUGAGUCGGGCUAAUUCACCGGAUUUAUUCGCUGGUUUGAACAAUGAUAGUGAUGACGAUGAGCCGGACGACAUUGAGCCGUCAAAAAACUUGCAAGGCAACCCCAUGCCUGCACUAUCUGCUAAUGGUGUCGCGAUAAAUAAAGAUUUAUCGCGUCCGGCUGGUGAGUUCGCAACAAAAAGAAGAAAACGUAAUUCCAAUAAACGUAAGAAGAAACAGCAAAAAUUGGUGAUGAAGAGUUGCGAAUUCCCUAAAAAGGAUAGCGUUGCGGGUAUGAGGGUUGCCGAUAGCACUCGGAUUGAUGGGAGAGAGAUUGAUGAUAGAAGGAACGACUCUAGUCGAGACAAUGAUUUGAGGAGGAUAAAUGUCGAUAGUGUUAGGACGUACGAGAAGGGGGAAAUUGUGGUGACAAAUGAUGGGAAAUUAUUGUCUGGUGAUCAGGAAGUUAUUGAACAGAAGUCGGAGAUUAAUUCAAUGGGGAGUAUCGAGGAGCCUGAUGUACUCGAAUUCUGGGAUAUCGAGACAGUCGAGCCAAUCGUCAAAACGAUGGCAGGGGAAAAACGAGGCCCAGAGCCUCGUGAAAUAUUUGUCGAUCCAGCUGGCCUUGAGAUCGUCAGGAAGUACUAUAGAUUGGCACGCAACAGUGUUCAGAGUGGCUCCACCAUCGAUGAUGAUGUCAAGUCAACGAAGAGUGGCCUCAGAUCACGAUUAACAAGCCCCGAUGUCGUCAGGCAAUUUGACAGACAGAUGAUUGACGAAGGUAUCGAGAUUUACGAGAGCUGCUACAGUGGUAAGACACCGGUCUACUUCGAUCCGCAUUUUCAAAGAUCAAUGUUCUUACGACGCCAUGAUGAGGGCGCCAUACCGUGCAGAGUAACGUGCUGCAAUGUUCAGUGAUUAAAUCAUCCUGACCGUCCCCCUUCCCCCCCGACAACGUCCACGGAGUUUUCCUCGGGGAUUUGUUUCAGUGGAAGCGACUCGAAAUGUCACUGGCUCAUUUCAUCGUUUUGGUAAAAACAAAUGGAAAUUAUUUUAAAAUAAAUAAAUCACGAGCAGUGACGUGUGAGGAUGAAUAAGUUAACGCGAGUUGUUUCAUUGCGUAUGCACUUGUAAAUAGAUCAUAAGUUUCUGGAUUUUGCGAAUGCGUAACGUUUUUACAGACGCAGAAUGAUGAUAAAAAUUAUUAUACAAUUAUUAUUCAAGUGAAUCACUAGUAACUGUCAACGAUGAAUUAUUAAUUGAGUUUAUUUUGAAAAUGUUUUCUCCUUGGUUGUUGUUUUUUUUUCUUUUUUUCAGUCAUUCAUUAAUCUCGUGGUUAUGGUUGUUGAUUAUUAAUUGUUAAUGAUAUUAUUUUUAAGUGAUGAGUAUGGCCACGUGAGAGGCGCUUUGUGAAUGAACAGAACAAGGGGCUGUUUUAAUGCCCAUAUUUUGAAUUUGAAAUACUAAUUCGAUAGACUCAGGUGAGAUACUGAGCACGAGAGUUCAUUUGUUGUUGUUAGUAAUUAUUACCUUAAUUGUACAUCAUAAAUCACACGAGUUAUCACAAUGCCAUAAUUUUCAUAAAAUCUUUCGAUGAUGUUUUAUCAUAAUUACGUGUUAAUUAUGAGAGCCUCGGCGACGGGAGUCGAGACGAAGUGAAGAAAAAAAAAUAUGAAAGAAGUGGUUUAUUGAGAUACGAUGCCUACCAGCAUCUGCUCUUAUCAAGGGCAUAUUUUUAUCGCGCCUUUGUUUAUCAGUUUGAAUAAGAGAAUAUGAAAAUAAAAAAAUAAUAAUGAGUGAAAAAAUACUUCAAGAAUGGCCUUUGCCCAGGAAGCGAUUCCCUGACACUGCUCACCAAGAAAAUACAACAAAACAAAUGAUUUUUAAGAACACAGCUUAUGGAUUUAUGACUCCGGUCGUAACACUGUUGAUAAAUUAAUGGAAUUAUGAGUUGAAAAAUCACGGAGUAUUUGGUAGAUCUACACUAGAUAUCAGUCCGGAUUUUGUUGUGCGAAACACAGGAUGAAAAAUUAAUGAGUAAUUACUGCAAGCCAUUUAGUUUCAGGAUAGCUUUUGACGUAUCGUUGCUCGAUGUCAAUAGGCUUUAAAAAGCUUGGUAAUGAAGGUGAUGACGUCGAUCGAUGAAGAGAAAGAAAAUAUCUACGUAAUUAUGAAUUAGAGGAGAGCAAAAUUAACUUUACAAAAACGCCAAGCCCUCGAGUAGUUGCUACACACGUUAAUCACCCAAAAACACUCGCAUACAUCACAUAUAUUCAUACUGUAAUCAACGCAUUGUUCAUUCAUUAGCUUUCGAGUGAUAAAAAAAAAUUUACAAAGACACGUCUCCGGUUGAUGCGACUGUUGUUGACAUAUUUACUGAAUUAACAUUAUCCCAUAUCGAAGUAAAUGUGAAAAGAAAUUUUAGCAAACGAAAAUAAUAAUCACAACAUACCUCAUACAUAACUAAAAAUUAUGUAAAUAUAUCUGCGAAUUGGUUCGAGAUGAAAAUAUAAAAAUGAUGCGUCAUAAAUUCAUGAGUUAAGUUUCGGAGGACUAUCUUUUAUAGGAUAAUUUCGAUAUUUUUCCUCUUGUUCUCGAUGACGAAUAAAAAUGAAACACCAAAUGUAUUAAAUUGUGCCAUGCGAAUCGUUCCAACAGUACCGAAAUACAAAAUGCAAAAUGACAUAGAAAAAUGCAAUCUGUAAUUGAAUUAUUGAACAGAAUGGAAGAAUUCCUAAAACCCACAAAAUGGAAAAUAAAUAAUCGCUAUUAUAACGGGCGCAUUGCAUCAAUUGUGUGCCUUAUUCUGUUGCCAUCACUUAUCUUGAAAGAAUUUGCAAAAUGGUUGCAAAAAAAAUAAGACAAACUGACAAUUUUGGUGCGAAUGAUGAAGAAAAUAAUUAAAAAUAUUCCAAAUCGAAUGAAUUAUCUGUCUGGAAUUGCAAGAGCUCGAAAUAAAUCCACAAAAACACCUGCAAAUCAAUAUCCUCUUUUUUUCAGUGAAAAUCAACAAACAUUGUCGAUAUAAACGAUAAUAAUUAUUAUCGAAAUCCUUAACUGAAUAGAAAAUUAAUUAAAAUGAAUGAAACUUCGAAGGAGGAAUAACGACGACACUGAUUACACCGAACAAAAAUAUUCACAUAAAUUACAAUGUGAGCAUUGAAAAUGAUGAAAUAAAUCAAUAAAAUUUGUCCGAAUCACGUUCAAUUGUACAAUUAAAAUUACUCUACUUGUACUGGGUACAAAAUACGCAUAAGUUGAAAUUAUACUUGAAAACAAAAACAAAUACUUUGUCGUGUUAUCGCUGUAAAGUUAAGGAAAUAAUAAAUAGGUUCGUUUUAA